AUGGAAGCUUUGUUAUCAUUCAACUACACUUACAUAUAUUCUGUUUGCUGCCCCAGCACCGCCGGUUUGGGAGCCCUGACCCACCCACUUUUGCCCGCGGAUUGCGGGACGGUUCGUUGGCAGCGUUCGAACGACACGGAUACGAAGAUCAGGGAGUUUCCCUGGCUGGCUCUUAUCGAAUACACCCGAGGCAAUCAUGAGAAGAUCCACGCGUGCGGUGGAGUGCUUAUCAGCGAUCGCUAUGUGCUAACCGCUGCCCACUGUGUGGCUCAGGCGGCGGUGGGUAAUCUGCAGAUCACAGCGGUUCGUCUGGGGGAAUGGGACACGAGCACAAAUCCCGACUGCCAGUUCCAUCAGGACACUCAGGUGGCGGACUGUGCUCCUCCGUACCAGGAUAUUGGUGUCGAGGAGCUGCUGCCGCAUCCGCUGUACAAUCGAACGGACAGAACUCAGAUCAACGACAUUGCCCUCGUCCGUUUGGCCAAUCCUGCCAAGCUCAAUGACUUUGUGGUUCCCAUUUGUCUGCCCAACAAGCAGUUGCGGGCCGAUGAACUGGAGGGUCUGGUCACCGAGGUGGCUGGCUGGCAGGCCAGAUCCUCGCCCAGGAUGCGAAAGAGCUAUGUGACCAUCAGCUCCAUCGAGGAGUGCCAAAGGAAGUACGCCGGCCAGCAGUUGCGCAUCCAGGCCUCCCAGCUCUGCGGGCUGACCAAUUCCAAGGAGUGCCACGGAAACGCCGGCGGACCACUGAUGCUGUUCAAGAACGAGGGCUAUCUGCUGGGCGGCCUGGUGUCCUUCGGUCCCGUGCCCUGUCCCAAUCCCGACUGGCCGGAUGUCUACACCCGAGUGGCCUCCUACAUCGAUUGGAUCCACGACAGUCUGAGGGCGUAGAAAUACAACCCUUGCGGUUACAACUGAUGUCAGUAAAUGUUUGGUGCCAAAUAAAAUUUUUGAAAUA